ACAUAAUUAACGUAUUGAGUUUCCUUUCGAUAGUGUAUCUGACAACUAAAUUUCAAAACGAUAAAAAAAUCAAUUUAAUUAGGUAAUAUUUAUUUGACCAUGAACAUAGCAGACAAGGUAGGAUUAUUUUUUUUAUUUAAUAUUGUACUCUUUAAACAUGGAAUCAAUGCGGAUGUUCUUGAAAUUCCAAGAGAUAUUGUAGAACAAAUCCAAAAUAUUUUAGAAAUAUUUGAAAAUUGGAUAAAAAUAUAUGAAAACCAAAUAACAGUAAACAUUGUCAAGUUCAUAGCGCAUUUCAAAGACUUCGGUAAGCGAAUCGCACGAAUAUUAAGUUUGCCAUACAACAACAAUAUUUGGUGGUUAUGGGAGCUUAGUAUACUUUCAAAUUCAGUUGAUAAACUUUAUCAGCCUUUAGAAAAUUUGGACAUAGAUGAUAAAAUUAUUAGAAUGAGUGAUAAAGCAUUUCGCAUUUCUAAAGCUAUCAGUUUAAUUAAAGACCAAAUGAAAAAUUACCUAAAAAACGAUAAAAGAGAUAAAAAAGAUAAAAAAGGUAAAGGGUUAUUAGGACUUUUGUCAUGUACUAAAACAGUUGAUAAUAAACAGCCAAUUGAAUCGAUUGAUGACAUUGACUCAAAAUUGAAUAGCCUUGAUGAAGCUAUUCAAAGAGAAUUCGGAGAAAUAGAAGAAGAUAAAGCCCAUUUUUAUACACCACAAAAUCUUUUUUUCUUUGAUAUCAUUUUGAAUAAAGAGUCUAUACGAACAAUUUUUACAAAAUGUGAAGCUAUUGAAUGGAAGAAAUACGACGAACUUUUAAUUAAAAGAUAUCAUGAAGCUAUGCAUGUAUGGAUUGAUCAAGAUAAAAAGUAUAUAAAAUUAAUAACUUAUAGAGAAACUUUACUUGAGGCUAUAAGAAUAUCUUUUUGUGUUCAUAUAAAAUUACUCAUUUCAAUCUAUUUCGGUUAUGAGUCUAAAAAUAAUAAGCAGAGUAUUCAGUAUUGGGAUGAUUUGUGGAACUCAAUCACAAGUUUAGUAAAACGAUUUAUAGAUUUUUUUCAUUUAAAUGAUGAUGAAUAUUUUAAUAAAAUACAUUUCUUUUUUAGUAAUCCUCAUUAUUGUGAAAAUAAAGGCAAUAAAAUUGAUUUAUUUAAUUUAGCAGAUGGUCGGUCCUCUUUUAAUAAUAAUUUGUAUGACGGAACAUUUUGGCCGGUAAAAUAUCAAAAUGAUCAUAUAAACAUGAAAGGUUUAAAACUCUUGGUUGAAAACAGUUUUGAGCAACUAGAAACUUAUUUGAAAAAUAUUGAAAAGUUAUUUGAAAAAUAUAACUUCGAAAUUUCUAAAAUAUUUUACAAUAAUAUUCCCAAUAAAACAUAUAUAAAGUUGUUUCAUUAAAUACAAAUGAUAUAUUAUUAAAUAAUAAUUUUUUAGGAAUAUCUUGAAAUAGAUGUGUUACAUAUUCAAUAAUUUUAUUUCAUUGUUUUAUUUUAUAAACACUAAAGUUCAU